AAAUUUUUUUCACGGUUUGUCAAUCAUAAGCAGUGUUGGACUUUAGCAUCUAUCGCUUUUGCUCAAGUUUGUGGAUUAAGCCGAAGAGUAAAAUCACUGAUUGCUCUGCUCUCUUCUUCCUCUGCCUGAGCUCCAUGAUGGAUUUGUUUCAGAUUGCUACGUAGCCUCGGAGUGGGAGGGGACUGUUCCUUCUUCCUGCAUUUUCAUUGGUUUUACUGUUCUCUCAGCGGCGAGGGGGGUGCCUCUAAUCAUAUCCAGCAUGUUUUGCACAAGAAAUGUCAGCCAGAAAGGGCUAUCUUCUCCCUUCGCCAAAAUACACCACAAUAAUGUCAUGUUCGGACAGCCCGUCUGGAAACGCGUUUUUAGUGGAUUCCCUCAUCAGUGCCCGCACCGAGAGCGGCGGAGGUCACUAUGCUGGCAGCGCAGUAUGCGUGCCGCACAGCGCCACAGCAGAAGUGCCUUACGGACUACACAACUAUGGAUACUUCCCAGGUAUGACCAAACGGAGUGAGGUGGGUCCCCAAAAUAUGGUCCCCGCCUCAGGUUCCUACAUGUCCAGCAUGGAGAUGUGGAUGGACGCGCAGAGGUCAUGCCGUAUGGACCAAGAACACUCUGUGGGUCCCCAGGUCGCACCCUGCACUUUCCCGCAAAAUAUCAAGGAAGAGAGCACCUAUUGCCUAUAUGAGCAACCCAAGUGUCCCAAAGCGUCCACCGCCGAAGAUCUCACAUAUUCAAGAUUAACUUCUUCUUGUACAGUCAACGAUGGCGGCGGCACGGGGGGCGGCGGGGGGUCGGUGCCUGUGCCGGGCUUCUUCCGCUUGUCUCAGACGCACGCACAUUCUCAUAAACUUUACAGCGCCAACAACGGCCCCCAAUCAAACCCUUCUCAUUCCCAUUUUGGUCCACAACACCCCAGUGAUCUGGCUCGCUUCCACUCGCCACCAACCUCUACAUCUGCUCCGGCCACGGAGAAGAAAGGGAAGGACGUCGAGGAAGCCGCAGAUCUGCCGCCCCAAGCUGCUUUGGGCACCGAGGAGGGGCGCGACUCCUCGGAAGGCGAAGCCUCCUCUGCAGAGGAAGCAGAGGAGAAUGGGAAGGAGAGUGCAGCAAAGGCCAAUAAAGGGGACACAAAAGGCGAAAACACGGCAAACUGGCUGACUGCUAAAAGCGGUCGAAAGAAACGCUGCCCCUACACCAAGCAUCAGACCCUGGAGCUGGAGAAGGAGUUCCUCUUCAAUAUGUACCUGACCCGAGAGCGCCGCCUAGAGAUCAGCAAGAGCGUCCACCUGACGGACAGACAGGUCAAGAUCUGGUUUCAGAACCGCAGGAUGAAAUUGAAGAAAAUGACGCGGGAAAAUAGGAUCCGGGAGCUCACCUCCAAUUAUGGAUUUUCAUGAUAAAGAGUCAUUAGAGAGAGAGAGAGAGAGAUACAAGAAAAAAAGAUACAUUUAUUGAAAGGCUACAAUUCAUUUCCCGAUUCACCCCCACGCACAAUGUCUCAUUUAUCUGAGAGAUUCUCUCAUCGCCCUUUAUCGUAUCUGACCUACUGAGAAAACCGUCCUUGGGUGUUUUAGCUCUGACUGUUUUUUGACGUGUUUUUGUAUUAUUACCUCUGUCGUGGGACUGGAUCGUGUUGUUAAAUCAGUGCAGUUACACCCCCCUCCCUCCCCCCAACACACACACACACGCGCGCGUAAAAACGCAAAUUAUUCACCAUGCUUUAUUUUUUUGUUGGGUUCAUAUAGAUUCAAUUCCUAUUGGGCUUACUUCUAAAUUUGAAAUAAAUAAAAAAUUUCUCCAUUCUGAGAAUUUGAAAUUGCGUGACAAAAAUAAUAAUAAAAAUCCUCUAAAAUGCACAAUUACCACAAUUAAUAUUGAGUCAAUGCAAAUCAGUCCGAAUGUGAUUAGAUGUGUGGUUUCCUGAUAUCGGCCGUCUCUAUAUGUACCUCAUACAUGUAUAAAUUGUAACUUUAUUCCUACUAGGAAGAAGGAGGAAUAUUUUUGUUGUAUAUUUCUGUGUAUAGAUGAACCUGUAUUUUUUUUGUUUUGUUUAUUUGUUUAUUGUGUAAUGUCCAAUAAAUUAUCAGCUCGGACUCAGGACUAGCUGCCUGAAUUUGUGGCUAUAAUUAUAUGUUUUGUUAAAGAGGUUUUUUUAAAAAAAAAAAGUGUUUCCUGAAUAAAUAAUCAAA